AUGAGAGGCACAAAGGCAAAAAGACAAAACAAAGCGGAGAAUGGGCUCGGGAAAGCCGGCGAUGAGGUAAAUCGACCGCUAGAAAAAUCCGCCCCAACCACGGGCCCAACAGGGACCAACAACAAGCUCGCAAGCGACGCAAGCGAGACCAUCCGCUUCUGCCGUGUCGAAUCUGUCAAGCCUCUAGAAGACCGCACGAUCGAGGUCCCACAGUGUCUCAGAAGUUGGGCAUUUGACCAAAAACUUAGCGCGGCCACGAUCCCUCGACGCCGUCCGCCGGCCAACAACCUCAGUAAUAAACAGUCGUUUCUGCAAUCUUUCUUGCUUUUGGCAAUCAUGGUUUCCUUUGCGGCGUCCUGCGCCAUUCUCUCGCUCUGGUCGGCGUCAAAGGUGCUUGCACAAGUCUGCACACCCUGCGAGGAUGUGCAUUUCUUUCUCGCCCGUGGCAACAAUGAGCCCUACCCGGGACGACAGGGUGAUCUGGUAGCCGCAACCUGCGACCACGUGGCCAACUGCGGCUACGAGGAUCUCAUCUACUCGGCUCUCUACACCGACUUGUCCUGUCAGACGACCUACGAUGGCACGAUUGCGGGUUUCAUGCAGAUGACUGCCUAUGCCGACCGAUGCCCCAACUCCAAGCUCAUCCUGGCUGGAUACUCGCAGGGAGCACAGAUCGUGACUGACAUUCUCGGUGGUGGAGGUGGCGUGUCUUUCAAUGGAUGUAUCCAGCCGUCGACUCCUCCAUUGGACCCUACCACCAGCCCCGGAAAUCGAUUGUCGGCGGUCAUCACGUUUGGAAAUACCCGCCAUACGGCCAACCAGCCCUACAACUAUGGCAAUGGUUCCUCGCGCGACGGUCUCUUCCCCCGGUCCGGUGACAUGUUGACUGCUCUCGACGCAUACGCGGCCAUUACUCGUGACUGGUGUCUGGAUGUUGACCCCAUCUGCGCCAACAACUCCAACGGCAUCGUCGCGUCCCACCUUGGCUAUUACAACGUCUACUCGGACGAAGCAGCUGCGUGGAUCAAGUCGGUCGCCUCGAUCACGGACAACUCGGACUUUACUACCUCGAUCGCCACGUAUGUCAGUGGUACCGCGCAAGACUAUGCGACUGUCGGAACCGGCACGCCGUCGGGUGUUGUGACACUUGCGUCGGUGACGACCGAGUCCAUCUCGUGUCCGAGCGUGUCGACGCCUGCUUUCGCCGCCGUCAAUUCGACCGCGUUGAACAGCACCACAACAGCCUCCAGGUCGGGCGUGUCGAGCGGUCACUCGGCGCCCCUCACGACCACCGCCAGCAGUGGCGCAUCCAGCAGUGCGACUGCGGCCGCGACCAUCACGAGUGCUCCCAGCAGCACCGGCCCCGUGGCGACCAGCGCAACGACCUCUGCGCCCUCGUCGACCUUUACGGACAGCUCGGCCAGUAGCCACACCAGCAACAUGGGCUUGGUCCUUUUGCUGGGCCUGGCCAUCCUGGUUGUAGUAUAA